AGCGACAGGCGGGGAGACAGCCUGAGGGUCCUUCUAGACUGCGGUGUGCGGGAUUCAAAUAUGUGGUGGGCCAGAUGCAGCCCAGGGGCUGUGUUUUCCUAACCCAUGUCAUUUACCUCCGUCAUCCGUGCUGAGAUCUUGGUUUUGUAUUUACUUGUGGAAGCCACAUCAGCUGCAGAACCACUGUACACUUUUACUAGGACUGUAUCACCUGCACGUAUGACUCAGUGCUAAACAGGAUCUCUUCUGUCGGUAUCUUUGCGGAGCUGGACAUCUGAAAACCCCAUUUUAAAACAAACAGCCUUGCUCCUUUGGUGCAUUCUUUCCUCUAUGUUAGUUACUUUCAUUUCAUGGACUCUGGGAGAUUUUGUAUGAUUCACCUCACACGGAUUGCUAAAGAUUCUUACACCACGAACUGCUGGUUUUGGAGGAGGAGGUGGAAAUCAGCUGCUGGAAGGAAUGAAGCAUGUUCAUGGGAGUUCUCUUUCAUUAUUUAUUCACAAGCUCUGUCCUGGGAAUCAGCUGGAGGAAGUAGUUCGUCCAGUUUGAGCUAUAGGAGUAUUCUACUUAGGGGGCUUAUACAAGCCCGGACAAGUGCAGUACCAACUCUUUCUCUUCAUCUGCAGGCAAAUGUAGGGCAGUCAGCAGCUGUGUCUGCACAGCUCGGUCUCUUUAGUCUGGAUAACAGGAGACAUGCAAGAAGGGGAAGCCACAUGAAGGAUACACACAUGCAUUCGUGCUGGAAAAUGAAGCUACAGAAUGAGAAGGCUUUGGGGCAUUCCGUGAGCCGUUCCAGCAACAUCUCAAAGGCUGGCAGUCCAACCUCCAUUUCUGCUCCUCAUAGCUUCUCUCGGACUUCUGUGACGCCAUCCAAUCAGGACAUCUGCAGUUCCAGUGCAGUGUUUUCUGAAUGUUGUCAUCACAGUCCCGUGCAGUCUGCUGUUGUCUUGAAAAACCCUCGCUGCCAGAGUUCUCUGACACCAGGGGUCACAGUGACAGUCAUCUGUCAAGACACGUUACAGGCCUCCAAGAGAAACUCCCCUGGGCAGGACAGGGUCCCUGCGAAACAUGCAAAAGCCCCCCGAGCUCUGAAGUUCUCCAAGUCUCUCAACGACAUGGAUCAGAAGGCACAGAGCACUGCGGAAGGCUUUCACUGUGGGGAGCGGACGUGCUCUGAAGGCCGACUGACCGCAACCCAGGAGCAGUGUUUAAGGAUUAAUAGGGCUAAUCAGCAAGAGAAGAAAUUGCUGAGUCUCGGGCCUUUUUCUUUUAGCAGUUCUAAACGCUCCUACGUGCCCUCGCUUUCCACCAACUACUCGAGCGCCCUGGGAGCAGCCGAGAACCACCGCACAGUGCACAUACCUCUCCUGGAGGACAAGGCCGACAACGAGACCUCCUCAAGGGGCAAAAAGCUGCUGCGGUACCUCUUCUCCUUCUCCCACAGCUCAAGCGCCAGCAGCCUGCAUAAGUUCUAUGAACUGGAGAGCGAUCCAAGCCGCUUCCAUGUGGCCAAAUCCUCCAGCGUGCUGGUGGAGAGCUCGGACUUCUGCUCCGACGACAUGGGGGAUGACGACGUAUUCGAGGACAGUGCCUCGGAGAGGUUGAAAGCCAAGGAGCUGCGGGCACCCCUCUGUUCAGUUGAGAAAGACAGUGACCUAGACUGCCCUUCUCCCCUCUCCGAAAAAUUCCCCCCUCUGUCCCCUGUGUCAACGUCGGGGGAUGCCUGCAGGAUCUGUCACUGUGAGGGAGAUGAUGAGAGCCCCCUGAUUACCCCCUGUCACUGCACAGGAAGCCUCCAUUUUGUGCACCAAGCCUGCCUGCAGCAGUGGAUCAAGAGCUCCGACACCCGAUGCUGUGAACUCUGCAAGUACGAGUUCAUCAUGGAGACCAAAUUAAAGCCUUUACGAAAGUGGGAGAAGUUGCAGAUGACGGCCAGUGAGAGGAGGAAGAUCAUGUGCUCUGUAACAUUCCAUAUCAUCGCCAUCACCUGCGUGGUGUGGUCUCUGUACGUCCUCAUAGACCGGACUGCGGAAGAGAUUAAACAGGGACAGACUACUGGGAUUCUAGAGUGGCCAUUUUGGACUAAGCUGGUGGUUGUGGCCAUUGGCUUCACUGGAGGACUCCUGUUCAUGUAUGUCCAGUGCAAAGUCUACGUCCAACUGUGGAAGAGACUGAAGGCUUAUAACCGAGUGAUAUACGUGCAGAACUGUCCCGAAACUAGCAAGAAGGGUAUCUUUGAAAAACCUGCUCUGAUGGAGCCAAAUCUUGAACACAAAGAGAUGCUUGGGGUCCACCAUUCAGAUACAAACUCUUCACGUUACACGGAGGCUGAAGACUGUGGUGCAGAAAUUCUUCACGUCUGAUCUUUGGGGGCUCAGGAGCGGGUGGGUUUCUGUUGGUUUCUGAAGAUCUGAAGCAUCAUUGUUUACUGCAGACUGCUCUACCUUUUUAAAAUCGGCUAACAGCCCAGUGCUGGCGGAUUAAUUUUUUUUAACGUUUUUUAUCCCCCUGACACGUGUCAGUAUGUUAUCAUGGUACUAUACCUCUCGAUGUUUCUUGUCUCAGACUGGCCUGUACAAAGAGACACAGGGGGCUUCACUGGAAGAGGCGGGGUGUCAGAAUACGGCAAGUCCAAUGUGAACCACCCUCGGCUUUCGAGAGUUGGCUUCUUUUUCAAAGUCUGCUCCCUCCAAACUAUCCCAUGUGAGAUCACGCAAGCCUUGAUGAGAAGAUGGCUUCAGACAUUGAGGACCAGCUGAGAGAGGGGAACGGGAGCCCUAGAAUCUAACCUACUGCUAACACUGCCUCUAACAUUUCUCGUAGGCAGUAGCUAUACGAUUAUGCUUUACAUAAAGGACUCACAAAGCA